GGCGUCAUGACGCUCUACCACGGCCGCCUGCCCUCUCUAGGAGUGCCAUCUUCGGCUCUGAGUCUCUCCAGUGCCCCGCUCAUCUACCUGUAUGGAGGGGACAGCGCAGGGGUUGUGCCCGCUGCCUUGAGUUUCCUGCCGGCCCGCCAGGAGCCCCCGCAGAAGCCCCCCUACAGCUACAUCGCACUCAUCGCCAUGGCCAUCAAGAGCGCGCCGGAGCAGCGCGCCACGCUCAGCGGCAUCUACCAGUUCAUCAUGGACCGCUUCCCCUUUUAUCACGACAAUAAGCAGGGCUGGCAGAACUCCAUCCGACACAACUUGUCCCUGAAUGAUUGCUUCAUCAAGGUACCCAGGGAGAAGGGCCGGCCCGGGAAAGGCAGCUACUGGACUCUGGACACCAAGUGCCUGGAUAUGUUUGAAAAUGGCAACUACCGUCGGAGGAAGAGGAAGGCGAAGAGUCAGCAGGAUGCUCUGGAAUUCAAAGCCGGUGGACACAAACGCAUUAAGGGCCAGGGGCCAUCCAGGGACCUCCAGUCCUCUCAUAAGCACCGGACUGGCCCGGGGUUAGCAGAGGUUCCAGCAAGGUGCCAUGCAGAGAGGGUAGAGACACAACCUGACACAAUAGCAGUUCUUGUCGAGCUAAACCAGACUGAGAUGUCACAGCACCCCCCCACACUGAGACCUAAGAGGUCCCCCGACAGAGACGCUCUUGCAUGCACCGGAAGGAGGCUGGACGCCCCUCAGCCUGGGACAUGUCUGGCUCCAAGACAGGCUGCCCUGUGGAUGGACGGUGAGCCUGAGGGAAACCUGUCAGCGGUUAGCGGAAGAGGAGGGGAGAGGAGUCCGCUCUGCGCCUUCAGGUGCGCCGCCAACACAGACCCAGCUGCAGCAGCACAGGGCAGACCCAAAGAAACGGUACCAAGCAGGGAUAAAUCGAAAGGUUUCAGCAUUGAGAGCAUCUUAUCGAAAAGUGAAGACCAAGCGCGCGGAAGCAUCCUCCAUAUGUCCGCGGACACGUGCGCAGACCGUGGAAGUCCGGCAUGCAGUACUUCUGUUGUUCUCGGCGCGCAACCACAUCAGCUGUACCACAUGGGAUUCCCCUUCUGCUCCUACCUGUCACUCACAUACCCCGACAAACAGCUGCAUCUGACAUAAAGGAAAUAUGACUCUAGACUGAGGGGUUCCGCGAGACGCGGAUAUGAGCAGCAUUUUUAUACGACGAAAUGUGCAGUGGUUAUUGUGUGUUAAUGUAAAACAAAUGUUGCAAUCCUACAAUGUUGUCAUUUUUACGUGAACAUAUUAGGAAAGCUCAUAUAUAAAGUAUUUAUCUUUUCAUUAAUGAUGACGAAAACAUUUAGAGGGUUUUUCUGAAAAUCAGUAAAGAAUCUUGAGCGUUAUGACUCGGCCUGUGAUGCAUGCAGCACAAUGUGAGAACACAGUUUAGUAUUCAGAUAUAGUUUUAUCAUAAUGCUUUGAAUUCCAUGUGCAAAAAAGUUUAGUUUAGUUAAAAAAAAAUGUCAUAUGAUUUAUUUAAAGAUGUGAGUCCAAAAAGAAAUAAUUUGCUACGGUAAAAUGUGUUGCUAUUUGAAUAGAAUUUGUCUUGUUGUUUUUAUAAAACAGAUAAUAAUACUGUUUUAAAGAAUGCCAGGCCUUAUCUUUACUGAGCCUUGUUUAGUUUGGCAGAUUUACUUAGAAUUAAUAUUAUUUAUCAGCAGGGUUUGAAAAAAAAUAGAUGGUUGUUCACCUUCACGUUUUGUGUAGUUGUUUAAUCUUCAAAUUAAUAUGGUAAGAAUCACCAUUACAGAAGUCCUGGGUCAGACAUUCAAUAUAAGCUAACAUUCAAACAUGAAGACAGAGCCUGGAGGACAGCUGUGACUCUGAUGCAUCCUGCCUAAAGGGGAACAGUGCUGCGUUCAUGGGUCAAAUGUGAACGGUUGAACCAUGUGUGUUUCAUCCAUUCUAUGAAUAACCGGUUUCAAUGUCAAUUAAUGGGUAUUAUAUCUGCAAUACAACUGCGGUGCACCUCACAUACAAUGUAUUUUAAUACUGGCAAUACUGACUCUUAGCAUGUUGAGAGCAGCAAUGUUACUUGAGAUAAGAGCACAGGUUAACAGAAUGACUUGGAACUUUGGAUCCUUUAAAGUAAUACAUCGUCUGACCGAGAAGGAAAUCUAAAGGUCCACUUAUUAUCUCUCCUUCAGUGUUUAACCACAUGUAUUGUUCCUUGAAUGGAGUUCACUCAAUUUUAAUGCAUAGGAGAUAGACCAUGAGAUGCACUUUAUUUUAUAUCAGACUGUUCUGAAGGUCAACAAUAAACGUUCCCACUCUAAAUCCAGUCAUGUUUGAAAAAGCCUUAGUGUGUUUUUCGGGAAUUUUUAAUAUUUUUGUAAUCUACGGACUGAUAGCCUUGAAAGUCCUAAAUGAGCCUUUCUGAGCUCUAAUUUGUUGAAGAGUGACACCUGCAUGAAAUCAGAGUGCUCUGUUGACAGCAUCAUUACAAACAGGGCAGCCAUGUCUAAAUAUAGGCCUGUAGCUUCCACACUCGUCUCCUGAAAAAGUUGGACUGUGCGGGGCUCGAGAUCUGCAAAUCAGGAAUGUUGAAAUAAAUAAACUUCCCCACAUUUGAAGAGAGGAACUCACAAUCACAAGCAUUUCCUGUGUAUAGGAUUCUUUUGGUCAGAUGUGUAAAUAAAACAUCUGAAGGGAAAGAAUGGAGGCAAGGAAGGAAAAAGAAGGAUCAGUUUAACGGAACACUUUGUCUCUGGGAUUCCGCAGCAUUUCUUUUGAAUACAUGAAGCUCUCUAAUUGGUUCCACAAGUCUUCUCAAAGCAAAGUGAGUUAAUACAUGUUAUUCAUCUGAUGGUUUUUGUUUAAACAGUAAAUAAAUCCUCAUGAGAAAGAGGCUCAGACAAAAAGGAAACCCUCUCAUUUUUAUUUGUGAUCUGAGAAAACAAAUUGAUCACAGAUCUGUAACAUGCUGGUGUUCUGCAGAGACUACAUUCUGGAGCAUGCUAGGUUUAUUAAUCAGAGCAAAUAUCUGUUUCUUCUUAAUAUUGUUUCUUUUCAAAUAUCCACUUAACCCAUCUUUGGGUUUAAUGAAGAUUUGACUUAAUGAUGAAUCAAAGUUUUUUCAAAGGUGUGGGACCUCUUUGAAAAAUAAAAAAGCCUGCAGCUAUAAAGAUGUGUUGUGCGUUUUCCCCUUUACCAUCCCUUUAAAAUGUACAACUUACAUCGUUUGUACAAAUAUCAUCAUCAUUAUGUCAUUUGUAAUCUGGCUAGCUAUGUACUUUAUAAGUCUCGCCCCUUUGAAUGUUUACAUAAACGUUGUUUGAUUUCUAGCUGCCUGCAUCUCGCUGACUGUCUAUGGAUCUCCAUUGUUUGUUUUCAGAACUAAAAAGAUGUAAAACUCUUUAAAUAAAUUGUGAAUUGCAUUACUGUGUUCUCUGAA